AUGGCGUCGACCAAAUCUAAAACCUCGAAUUCAAAGAAUUAUUCGGAGAACUUAGGUGUUAACACAAGAGGUCCCAGAUUGACUACCUUCAUUGGACCAAAAGAUGUUCCCACUGAUUCUACUAGUAAGGAAGCUAAUCGCAAGUGGGUAUGGGGGGGAAACAAAAGUAAGCUUCAAAUUGAAGCCCUAAGAGAAGCCAUUACUCAAAUCACCACAGAUGCAAAAGAGAAGAAGCAUAAUUUCACUGAAACCAUUGAACUCCAAGUUGGACUCAAGAACUACGACCCAAAAAAGGACAAAUGUUUCAGUGGAACAGUGAAAUUGCCUCACAUUCCUAGGCCUAAAUUGAAAGUUUGCAUGCUUGGAGAUGCCCCAACAUGUUGA